AUGUCGGAGGCCGCGGUGGGAAAGAUGAAUGAGUUGGCAGUGGAGGACGACGAGGAGUGCGAGAUCGAUCCGGUUGCGUCGGUGGGAUCGUCGACGACGCUUGUGAGAACUGAGAGACAGGUCUUGGUACGCCAUCAAGAAGCGGUCGGAUGGGUCCUCUCAGUUGAUCUUGUCCCGGACGUAGCCUCUACCAGUCAUGUCGGGAAGGAUUUCGGUAUGCGUGAGAAUGCGAAGCGUCUUCCCGAUGAUGAUGUCGUGAUGCACCUUCGUGGCGAGCAGAGCGGUCUCGAGGAUAGUCAUCGAAGUCACGAGUCCAAGAAUUGUGGGAAUCCCGAUGGGUAUAGUGAUGAUGUCGAUCCCUGGAAUUGGCCGGUGGAGUACGGGCACGAUGAUGGGAAGCAUGAGACGGAGGAUUGGCCGAAUCAGGAGGUGCGGCAGGAGAAGUGGGUUCUGGUGGUGGAGCUUCCGCGGAGGCAGGACUGUUGGGAAUACGACGAUCAGGUUGAGGGGGAACCCACUUGCCCCAGGAGUCGUCAGGAUCUGAGCGUCUGCGGCAUGGCGAUGGAGUACGACGGUCUUUGGGAUUGGCAGGAUGUCUGGAUUUGGAGUAGCCCACGGUGUUGGAACGUUGUCGAGGAAGAGGAGAUCGAGAGCGAGGUGGUUGAUGAAGAUGAGGUCGUUGGCGGGAUCGGCGACGAGACCGGGAGCGACGGGGUGAGAAUCGGCGAUGACGCUGUGUGGGAGAGCGACGGACUGGAGAACGACGUACUGGCGAACUACGUUGUGGCGAUCUGGAUCUGGGUGAACGUGAUGGGAUGUGGAUGGGUGGCUUUCCCGGUUGUAGUGGGAGGUGAGUGA